AUGUAUUGGUUUGAUCUUAAUGCUCUUGGCGUUGUAAGAUCAAAAGACGAAUUGGAGGACAAAGACAAGAAGCAUAAAAAGCACAAAGACAAAACUAAGGAGAAAAAUGAAGAACACAACACAAAACAUUAUCAUCAGGAUAAGAAAAACAAGAAUAAGAAAAACAAGAAUGAUAAAAGUCAUCGUGGCUCUAGUUUUGAGCAUUUGAAGAAACCCCAUGAAAAGGUGCCAGAAAAAGAUGUGACCAGUGUUGCUAAGGUGUUUCCGAGAAUUGAUCACAAGCUUGAUUUGAUGUAUGCGAAGAGGGCGUUUGUACAUUGGUAUGUUGGUGAGGGUGUAGAAGAAGGGGAAUUCUCGGAGGCGAGAGAGGAUUUGGCUCCUUUUGAGAAGGAAUAUGAAGAGGACGGGUUCGAUUCUGCUAAUAACGAGGAAGACGAUGGUGAAGACCGAGCAAUGUGGUUGCAUGAGGUGGAGCAAGCGAACGCCAGUGGUGUGGGAGAGAAGGCGGAAUUGUGGUCUGGAAAUGCGGAUGGGGUUGCGGACAAGAGAUGGUUAGCUUAUGAAUCGCUUAAAUAA